AACGACUUUAAAGAAUAUUCCAUCAAAUAUAUGAUACAAAAAUCAGCAAUUUAAUAACACUAAAACUUCAGCUAUGAAUAGAAGCAUAUAUAUAGCCACCUGUCAUCAAUACACUGAUACAAAAAUCAAUAAGGCAUUUUAUUAUCACUAAAACUUCAAACAAAUAAACAAACUGGAACUAAACAGGUUUUUAAACUAGUUUUAAUAGAUAUUAUUCUUCCUCAUACAUAUGUUGAGAUUCAGGUAUUCUAUGUUAUUCUAUUUUAACUUUGGAGAAUUCUAACUAAUACCAAUUUAAUUAUCUAGAUAUAGGUUCUAUGAAGUCUAUUCAUAUAUACAUAUAUGCUGUUUCAAAGGCUUGUUUUUGAUAGUCAGGUUCUUUCAUUGUCAAAGGAGGAGUUAAGGAGUGGUCACAGCAAGAAGACCACUUCCCCCCAAUAAGAAUUACUUAUAAACUGAACAGAAACUAAACAGAAAUUCACUUCUAUCUGACCAUCACACAAUGCAGAUCUUUGUGCUGAUCCUUGGGAUUGUGCUGCUCCCUAAAGCCUGUGCUUUGAAAUGUUACGAAUGCAUACCGGACCUCUCUGGAAGCUGCGCUCAGACAACAAAAGAAUGUCCUUCCAACACUCAGUGUGCAUCAGUCAGAAUAGCUUCAUAUGCAGGUGGUUCAAAACUGGUUGAUAUUAAAGGUAAAAGUUGUGCUGCGGCUGAGGAGUGUGUUCAGGCCUCAAUCAACUUUGGAGGCGCCCGAACUCUAAUUACCAGCAAGUGUUGCACCUCUGAUCUUUGCAACUCUCAAGAUGCCCCUGAGGGCAGCAUCUCAUCUCCAAAUGGGAAAAAGUGCUUCCAAUGUGUUGGAAACGAUUGCACACAAACUCUAAACUGCAACGGAAAUGAGGACCACUGCAUCUCAUCAGCAAUGACUGCAGAAGGACAAAAGGUGACUGUAAAGGGCUGCGCCUCCAAGCUGAUUUGCUCAAGCACACAAUCUCCACAGAUCACAGGAAUCACUGCAGCAGAAAUCAGCUGCUGCCAGGGUGACCUCUGCAACAGUGCUGGGAUGACAACUACAUCACAGCCCAGUAGUACAACUGCUGGCACUACAGCUGUUGGCCGUCUGCUCUUUGUCACAACGCUGAUCUCUCUGGUCUUGUUCUCUUAGCUGAUGAAACAACAGCAUCACAUCCCAGCUUUUCAUAUGACUGUCACAAUGUUUCCUCCCAUUUCACCAGACCUUAAAAAAUUAUUGAAAAUUUUGUAACUAAAUAUAAUUUUCGGUUUGUGGAAAAAAAUUAACGAAUAAAUUUCUUAAA